AUGGAGGUUGAAAACUUAGAAAGCCAUCUCAAGUAUGUAAAUGCCAACGGAGUCACUCUUAACAUUGAUGAGAGAUUGAACUUAGACCUCUCACUCCAGAAACUGCACCUAGACUUCAACUUUGAAGAACUCCUAUUCUGGGGUAAAGUUAACGGUGUUGUUAAUGACUACUACAUUGCUGUUGCCCUUGAGUAUGUAGGAGUACAAGAUUUCCCAAAGAAGCACUUCUUCUGGUGCAGUUCUGCCAACUGGAUAUUUGCCAGCUUACCUCAACCACACCUUGGCUUGAGACACAUCUUCGAUAAGAUUUAGGUUUACUUCUCUGGAGAAUUCGAUAGAGUAGUUAUCGAUGCUCACGGUAAAUCAGAACUUUUAGAUGUAGCAGAAGCUCAUCAUGGAAAAGCAAAGCCACUCGAAAUUCCAGCUAAAGGAGUAUCUGAAUUAGAUAGACUUGCUUACGCAGUACAUGCAAUCGAGUCUGAUUGCUAAGUUGUUCCAGUUGGCAGUUUCAAGAUGACUCCUAUUAAAGAAGUAAGAAGAAAUGAAGCAUUUAGAGGUCUCUCUGCUGAUGGGGCUUUCACCAUUUAAAAUUACCAGCAUUUCAGAUAGGUUCAAAACAGAGAUAAAAGGGAACAAUUAGAUAGAGAUGAGGGAAUCUAUAAUGAUAUGUUCUUGGAUGAAAUUUCUUCUGACUUCCCAUAAGGUUCAUGGAAUAUUUUGAAGGAUACAACCUAGCAAGUAGCAAUCAUUAGAAACAAAUUGUGGCCAGGCUACUACGCAUACCACAGAAUAUAUACUAACAUUUUUGGAGGAGUCUAUAUUGGAAAUGGUAUUAAGAACCUAGACUUACCUUUCAUGAUCUGA